AUGCCAUGGCUGGUGGAGCUGGUAUGGGAGGGAAGCGUGACUCUGGCCAUGCUGGGCAUGCAUAAACGUAAACGUCUUGCGGGUAUGGCCGCAGCUGCCCGUGUUGCUUGGUGUGGAUCGUCCAAGGACAGAUGGUGUGUCUGUACCAAGUGGGAGCGAGAACGCAACGUCGAGGGUCGGGUGUGUGGGAGGACGGGGACUGUCCUUGGAAGGGACGGACUGAAGGAUGAAGAUGCCCAACAGGAACAGACAGACCGGCUUGCCCCGAGCUGGCACAGAGGAGCGGAGGGAGGCAAGUCCUUUGCCGUCAAUACCCAAAGUCGGGCCAAGGAACCAACGGACCGGUCUCUCGCUAUGCGACGGCGGAACAAGGUUUCAGCCCCCGUCGGUACGUGGCUGGGGGAGGGGACUCAGCUUGCUGGUAGCCUCGACCAAAAGAGACAAGAAACGAAAAGGCGAGGGAAGAGCGAGGAAAACGCAGGUCCAGGCAAGAACAGCAAGAAGAAGGUUGAGGCGAGAAGAAGACUCAACUGGAGAGAGCCGGGUUUCAGGGAGUAG